CCAUCAGCCACCUUAGGCAUCACAGAAGCAAGCACGACACGUAGUACGGGUUCCGUAAUCAUCGGAGUGUGUGAGCGAGGUGACGAGGAUGAGGGGUCUGCUUGUGCUGGCGCUCCUGCUCGCCGCCGCGGCGUGCCUCGCCGAGGGCGCGGGCGAGUGCGGGGCGACGCCGCCGGACAGGAUGGCGCUGAGGCUGGCGCCGUGCGCGUCGGCGGCGCAGAACCCGAACGCGGCGCCGUCGAGCGGGUGCUGCAGCGCGGUGCGCGCCAUCGGGAAGCAGAGCCCCCAGUGCCUCUGCGCCGUCAUGCUGUCCAACACCGCCAAGAGCUCCGGGAUCAAGCCCGAGGUCGCCAUCACCAUCCCCAAGCGAUGCAACCUCGCCGACCGCCCCGUCGGCUACAAGUGCGGAGCUUACACUCUGCCAUGAGCAGAAAGGACUGCAAGGCUGGUGCGUGGCAUGUUCAAGUUCAAGUAUCACCGAACCACAAGCACGAAGUCGUGCGCGUGUGUCUCUCUGUGUUACCAAUAAACGACAAUUGCGAGUACCAUCCAUGUGGAACUCUAGUAUGUUUGAGUCUGUCACUAGAGGCGUACUACUCAUUUGGUCAUGUUCAGGGUCAUGAGAUGUAGUCCUGCAUUGUCGAAAUAAAACUAAGAGUCUCUCUCCUUUUCUUUUAUAA